ACUGCGCCUCCAGGUCUCCAUCUUCAGUUCCCAAUUGCCAACCACCACAUCUUAUCCUUUCGUAGAUACUACGCUGUUUUUCACAUCCCUUCAUUUCAAUUCCAUUCUCCACAAGGCCCGCCUUUUCAUCUUUCUCCUUCGAAUCCGCACUCGAUCUCGACCCCCGAACCCUUUGAUCUCGCGCAGCCUUCCCUCUAUCCCAUUUCUAGCCUGAAGUUCGAGUGAGACUUCCAGGCUCUGCCGACAAACACGCAGCAGCCUACACUGAAUGCGGAGGCUUUGAUAGUCUCUUCCUUCAGACAGACCGCUUCCAUAUCUUGUACUUUACUAUCGUGUUUCACAAAGAAACAGCUGGUCUGCUUCCCAGGUCAUGUCUCAUCGGAGUUGAUGAUUGGAUCGUGUAUUUCGGAUUUCUCCUACAGUCAUGUACGUCCUUCUUUGUCGGUACGGUUAGGGAGACAAGGCGCCAUAGGUUGCAACAUCUCAUUUACAUGUCUGACUUGGACACGACGGAUUCAAGGUCAUCACCCUUUCUGUGGUCAUGUAUGCUAAUUCAGCACAUUCGCGUUUAGAACCUUUCACAUGUGGAGGCAGUCGACCUCGUCUUCAAGUUGCUCGUAACCCAUCAAACGAGUAACGACUUUUUUUCUCGCAUCUCCCUUGACCGUGUCCCAACAUGACAACUGAAGAGGACAAUUUUGACAUUGACAUUUACGGUGACGGAGAAGGCGAUGGAGAAGGUGGCGGAGAGACGGGAGGCGCCGAUAAUACUGAUUACAGAGACGACAACGAAGAUGAGGUGGUAUUUGAUCUUGGCCAGGAUGAUACAAACCUAGUAGAAGACUCAAACCUGUCAUCAGCGUCGCAACCACAGCCUGGCCCUGAAGGGGACGCUGUCACCACCGAGUCGGCGUCUCUGCCCGUCAAAGCUGAGCAUGAAGCAACAAGUAACCCUCACCAGAUCCCUCCCAAGCCUUCAGCUCCACAAGGUGUCAAAAGAAAGGAAUCGUCGGAUGAACGACAAGUCGACCAUGGUGCAACAAAUGCGCUCAUGAUUUCCGACCUGCAUUGGUGGACCACAGAAGAUGAUAUCCGGGGCUGGCUAUAUGACGCAGGGGCCGAAGGUGAACUCAAAGACAUUACUUUCAGUGAGCACAAAGUCAAUGGCAAGAGUAAAGGUCAAGCAUAUGUCGACUUUUCAUCACUUCAAGCAGCAACUGCGGCCAAACACAAGAUCGAAGCGAUCGCUACUAGCCUACCCAGCACGCGCAAACACAGCGUGACCUUCUCCAACGCCUCGAUCAACCCGUUCAAGACACUCCCUAAAGAUGCCCCUGCUCGAGCAAGAGAUGAGCGACCGGCACGAGGAGGCUCAACAGCGUACAAUUCCAGUCCACAUGGACCAAGCAGUUAUGGGGGAAGCCACACAGGAUUCCGUGGCAACCGUGGUGGGUUCAACCGAGGAAACUACCAAGGCCACGGUGGAUCUCACAACCAAUACAACAACCGCAGCUACACUCAGACUGCAGGUGGAUACAACGGUGGAGGAGGUUUCCCAGGUGGCGUAGGUAUGAACAAUACCUUUGGAUCAUUCAACCGAGGGGCCAUGAUGAACAAUUCGAUGCGCGGUGGAAACAUGGGUGGCAUGCGCGGUGGCCGCGGGGGGAUGAACAACAUGAUGGGAAUGGGCGGUGGAAUGGGCAUGGGUAUGGGCAUGGGCAAUAUGGGUAUGAAUCCCAUGAUGGCUGGAAUGGGUAUGGGAGCAGGAUUUCAGGGUAACUCCUUUAAUCCCGGCAUGUUCAAUCAGGGUGGCGGCCCCAACUUUGGAGGAAGUGACUGGAACCAACACAGCGCCAAGCGACAGAGACAGGAAUAAGGUCUUUAUGUGUGUGACAUGCCAACUGACGGCAGGAUUCGACUCUAGACUUUCCGCAUGGUUAAGGAGAUUGACUGUGGUUUGAGGACGGAGUUUCCGAGUGACAUCAAAGCGUCACAUGUGUGUCUGUCCGUCAACAGCAGUCAUCCAGUUUGAGAUGAGGACUGACUCGGAUGAUCACCCAUUGCUCUACAAACAGCAAGUUUGGGACAAUGGGCGUUGAGAUGACGCAUGCUGGGGCAAAAAGUCUAGUGCUCAAUUGCAUUUGCGUAAGAAAGAAGCUGUAGGUACAAAGAUACCUUGGGGAUACGCCUGUUUAUGCGUACCUACGUCAGUAAUUGUUGGUAGAGGUAGGCUUCUAGGUACCAACCUACCUAGAUACUGAAGGUAGCUAAGCAUGCCCUCCCUCACUUUGA